AUGGAACACAAUAUUGCCGAAGACAAAUUUGACGAAAACGAACACGAGAAGUCUACAGAGAACCAUACUGAACGAACUAUCACAAUUGUAGCGUUUUUCGCUUUCGGUUUUAUUUUAUACACCGUGUAUUCUCUUCUAAUCGCUGCAGCUGAAGACAUCUUGAAAGGCAGCGACAUACCUACUUCGGCGGUGAUAUCGUGUAUUAUCGGACCAUACGUCUUGAUAACUUUCGUAUGUCCUUAUUUUGUACAAAAGAUCCCGUAUCUACCUCGAAUAAUCGUGGUCUUUGUCCUCUAUGAAGUCGGUUUGUUCAGUCUGGUUUAUGUGAGGCGCGUGGGAGCUAAACUUCUUGCCGUGUGCUUCGUAUCACUGGCUUUCGGUGUGGGAGAGAUGUCGAGUAUUACCAUGACUUCAUUUUACCAGCAAGUGGUAGUAGGUGUAUUUUCAGCCGGAACUGGUGUUGGGUUCAUAGCAGCACCUCUUUAUUACACAGGUAGGUUUUAUAGCGAGCAAAUAGACCGCUUGAAUUAAUUUCUCCUUGGUUAAUUGGCCACACUUCGAGAGAAAAACGGGUUCGCUUUGAGUACAAGGAUCUUGCUUUAGUUUGGUUUUUAAAUGAAAUUCAUGUGCCUCAGAAAGUCGCUCUCUUCAUCAUUUACUCCGUGGCUUUUUGCGCUGGGCAAAAUCGGGAAGCUCUGGUGACAUAUUCCAAUAUUGAACGUACUUAUUCUAGAAUCUCUUAUAAAUCGUAGCCGAAUCUAAAAUUUUACAAUAUAUAUUUUCUCAUAUCCAGUCAUACCGGAUUUGAGCGUUGUUGCAAAUCAGUAGAGGCCGGCUAUUUCGAUUUCGAAAUCUGCCCUUUUUUCUUCUGAUUUUAAUGACUGUUUCACUCAAGUUUCUUCAGGUGUUCUUCAAAUAAACAAAUUCUCACUUCCAUUUGAACAUUUCUUUAAUUCUGAUGUUUUAUCAGCGAUGUUUUGCAUCAGUUUGGAGUCACAUCAAAUUGCCCAUUGCAGCGUGAAAUUUAACUUUAAGAAUAAUAAGAAAACAAACACCGAUUUGGUGGUCGAAAGCGAAGGCCCACAACAUCGAAAAAUAAAAUCAAGAUUGAUUAAGAAGUAAAACCGAGUUCGUUUCAGUCUAUAACGUACUUGUAUGAUUUAUUGCACCUGAGAUGCUGAGUUCAUUUUUUCUUAAGGCUUAAAUCUGGUCCGAUUGGAAUGCGUCAUCAUAGUCAUAAAACCGGAAAAAAUUCCCGCGACAAUAUUAUUUGGCUAACCCUAGGGGGACCCCUGGGAAUUCUUGGUGGCGGUGUGCCGCCCAGUUCUUCAAAUCCUGACCCUAUUGAAGCCCAAAAAAUGUCAUUUUCCACACCCGUUUUCAGAUCUCUAAAAUCCAUACCCGUUUUCAGACCUGGCCUUUUGGCAGAAAUUAUGUCAUUAUUACUAAGAUUAGAGCGCAAACGAAAAAAUUAUUCAAAGCCAUUUAGAAUUCGCAUAUUUCUCUUUCUUUCACACAUUUGGCCGAUAAAUGCGUUCAUACACUCCCGUAGUUCCCUCUAAAACCACACCCGAUUCCAGACCAAAAUGGGCAAAUUCUAUACCCGUUUCAGACCAAAAAGGCGAAAAAACUCACUCUUAUUUCUCCUUCAGAUUUCUAAUAGAUAUUUGUAAAAAAUACUGUGCCAAUGCUGACAGUAAACAAAACUGACUUGUUGCUACAUUUUAGGCACAAAAUGAAAUGAGAUAAAAUAUGCAAAAUAAAAUCUUUUUAAUUAUAGUUUGAACUUCCGAAAACACUUCAAACUUUUAGUCCCAAAAUGACUGAAUAACUUUUACUGCUUUUAAUCCUAAUCGUUAUAUUUGGCUAUUUUUUUUGCCUUUUUUCGCAUGACGUAAAUCAAAAUCCUAUGAGGAUUUGGUCAUCGCGCCAUGUUAUCUUCACUAUAGUGUCUUUUGUGUGACCUGCUAUCAGGUUUUGGUGUGGUUUCGGUCAAGUCUUCAUAGUGACCCGCUUCGCCGUUCUUGUCUUUUUUCUCUCGCCACACGUGAGAAAAAACCUCUGCUACACAGGGUAGGUGCUCUCCCUGGAAAGAAAAAAAGAAGACAAAGAAAAACGUCUGCUCGCAGGCUAAAUCUUGUGGAGGAAAAAACCGGGUAUGCACUUUAUCCGAACUUCUUACACAUGCUUCUACAUAAAUUCUAUGUUCCUUUUCUUUUCACCAGCGAUGACUACGUGGUUCUGCGUUUCGUCAGAGACAACAACAUUGACCGUAGCUGGCCUCGUUGUGGUGUACUUGAUAUUUUAUUUCUUAAUGGAGAGAAAACAUAGCGAUUCUUCAUCGCAAUACUCAGAGACAGCUGAAUUCAAAAACAUACAAUACCAGGAACUCGACCAGGGCAGCAACACUGACUCUCGCUACCCGCCACUGAUAACAAGAGAAGCAAAGCUGCAAGCAAUCAAGCAAAUUCUUCCUCCAAUCAUCUGCGUGGUGAUUUCAUGGCUUUCGGAGUUCUUGGUCAUGCAGGCUGUAAUCACGACGUACGCAUUUCCCAACUCACCCUUCCCCCCAAGGGAUCAUUACCAGUACUACAUCACGUUAUUUUUGAUGGGAGAAUUUAUCGGUAGAUCAUACCUUGGCGUGGUGGCGUUGAUCAAAGAAGAACUUAUUUCUAGAUUGAUAGUCAGAAAACUUUGGGUAUUAACCAUCAUUGAGGUCUGUAUACUUGUUUUCUGCUUAUUUGCGGCGUGGUACCGUUUCCUCCCCGAUGUAACAGUACUACUGGUUAUUUCCUUCUUCGCUGGACUCAUAAUCGGAAUAAUGUACGCUAAUGUGCUACAAGUGUUCACAGAAUCUUACGAGUUUCCUUUAAGAGAGUUUGUUUUGGGUUUUGUAGCUGUUGCUACCGGUAUGGGCAUACUCAUUGCUGGCCUUCUUGGACUCGUUGUUGAGCCUGCAUUCAGGAAACAUUGCCUGACAAUAACGGAUUUAGAGGCGUACUGUUUCACAAGGACAGAUCCAAAUGCAGCUUCCAACGUGACCUCUUUAUGCCGAUAGGGGAGGGGUCCGUUAGGCUUUUGGUGGUAAGAUGCUAGCCAGAUCUCCAAAUAAGGACCCCACAUUAGAAAAAUAACAGUUAACCCUUCAUGAAGCGGCCCCACGGGUAAGUGGUUGACCGCUCAACAGAGGUUCGCCAUAAAUUAGAAUAAUUAAUCUUUGGCAUCACUUUAUAUUUGAUUUUUCGUCCGGAUGGCCAAAAGGUGACCGAUUUAAAAAGGUUUCAUUUACAAUGCUUUUCUUCGAUUAUUUCGAGAUUUUGAUUACUGGCCACUAAAUUAAUAGAAUAGAUGAGAGGGUGGCCGCUUAAUGGAGGUUGAACUGUAGUACGUUUCACUCUGAUACCCCGUUCUGGAAAUUAGCCAAUUUCACCUCGUUCAUCAGUUCUCACACUCUAAAGCUUUCGUUGUUUUAAAUAUAUCAUGUUCUAGGAAACGCGUGGAAAAUGGAUACCCCUGGGGCAGGCCUUAUGGAGGAUAGAUAACUAACG